AUGAGCGAUGCGCGGAAGGAGCUAAAACGCGGAGACGAGACGAGGCGUCGACUUCCCCAGGAUAUCCAGACGCUUGAGCUGGUUUGGGCUGGCGUUGCAGGAAGAACCGGGAUCUGGUUGCGACCGGCGGCGGCGGUUGGCAGAUUUGCGGAUGGUGUGGUAGGGUUUGGCAAGUGGGAUGACGUCGAGGACGGAGAAGAUGGCGAACUGGGUCAGGCGGUGGGCAGACGAAGUGUCGAAGAGUUUGCAGUACGACUGCGUCGGAAGACAGCGCAGGGCUAG